AUGGAUUUACAAGGUUUGGAAGAUCAAUGGGCAUCAUUGGAAUUGGAGGAAGAGGAUGAGGUUGGCUUAGUUGCUUCACGUGUCGAACAAGAAGAACUGGUCAUUGAUACUCGAUGGUGUCUAGUUGGGAAACUCCUUUCGGGCAGAGUUAGUGAUUUUGAUGCGUUUCAAAAUAUGAUGGCGUUCCUAUGGCAACCGGGCAAAGGAAUGUACGUAAAGGAACUGAACUCUAAUCUAUUUUUAUUUCAAUUUUACCAUGAGAUAGACAUUGAUAGGGUGAUCACAGGAAGUCCUUGGACUUUCAAUAAGAAACAACUUAUUCUCCAUAGAUUGAAGGAAGGGGAGAACCCCCGGAGUGUGAAUCUUCAUUUUCUUGAUUUGUGGGUUCAUAUAUAUGAUCUUGAACAUGGUUUUCAGUCUUUGAAAGUGGUCACGGAUAUAGGAAAUCUAAUGGGUAAGUUUGUGGAAUCGGAUAUCAACAAUUUUUCAGGCGUAUGGAGGGAAUAUAUGCGAGUUCGAGUGACAAUUGAUGUCGAUAAACCGCUGCGAAGAAGAAUGAAAAUAUUCCGGGAGGAUCGGAGUUGGUUUUGGGCAAACUUUAAGUAUGAGAAUCUCUCUACUUUUUGCUUCAUUUGUGGUAUAUUGGGCCAUUCGGAACGCUUUUGUCCGAAGUUAUUUCAUACACCUGCUCAUUUGAUCCAAAAGCCUUACGGGAUGUUCUUGAAGGCCAAUAGUAGGCGUACGGCUGAGAAGAUUGGAGCCAAAUGGCUCCGGUCAGGAGCUGUAGGAGGGAGUUCCGAGAGAGGGGAGGGGAGUUCGAGACCCGUAGCUCCGGCGAUGGCAGGGGGAGGUCCGACGGAGGAGAUUGGGGAGUUGAAUGGGGAGUUGAUUGGGGGAUAUGGAGAUAGUGGGCUGGCAACUAGAUUAGUGGAGGGGGGAGUUAAUAAUCGUGAUAUGAGGGAGAAAUUGGUGGAAGGGAAGUUAAUUGAGGGUGAUAAGGAUAUACAUGGGAAUAAUGGAGAGGAUUGUAUCAUUUAUAAUGAUCCAAAAAGGAAAAGAAUUGGGGGUAGGAUGGGUAGUGGGGUGGGCGGCCCAAGUGACAGUAAUGGGCCGAAUGGAAUUGGUAUGGCUAAAGGUGGGUUGACUAUUGUGGAUAUGGAACAAGAUGGACAUGUGUUGGGAAUGGGUCCAAAAAACGAUAUGUUGGCGGGUUCUGGGUUCCAGGCCCGCCAUUCAUCAUGA